UUUACAACAAAAGCAAUUUUUCAGUCUCAAAAUGCAGAAUCUACACUUGGCUUUUCUCUUGCUCACUUCACUUUGCUUUGGUUCACUGGCAUUUUCAUUCAGCCAAGACCAGCAAGAUUUUAACCAAGCCAAGAACUUUGAAGGAUCUUCUAACCUUGUGAACCUUCAAUAUCACAUGGGACCUGUCCUAACCUCACCUAUCAAUCUCUACGUUAUAUGGUAUGGCCAUUGGAAUCCAGCCCAUCAAGCCACCAUCAGGGAUUUCCUCUAUUCCUUCUCUUCUCCAGCUCCAUCCCCUUCUGUAGCAGACUGGUGGCGAGUUGUCCAGCUAUACACCGACCAAACCGGCUCAAAUAUCACAAGCAACAUCAUCCUCAAAGGAGAAUUUUUCGACUGGAAAUACUCUCAUGGUACGUACUUGAUGUCAAUGCAAUCCAUCAUCAAAACAGCAUUAUCCUCUCAUCCCAAUGCACUGCCACUGAAUUACAAUAACGGGCUUUAUUUGAUCUUAACAUCUUCAAAUGUUAAAGUCCAAGAAUUCUGUAGAGCUGUUUGUGGCUUUCACUACUUCACAUUCCCAUCCAUUGUUGGAGUCACUGUGCCUUAUGCAUGGGUAGGGUACAGUGGCACACAAUGUCCAGGCAUGUGUGCUUACCCUUUUGCAUGGCCUGAAUACUCCGGCAAGCCGCCGCCGAGCGGCAACGGAGGGAACGACCUGAUGAAAGCACCAAAUGGGGAUGCUGGUGUUGAUGGGAUGAUCAGUGUGAUUGCUCAUGAGUUAGCUGAGGUCUCGAGUAAUCCUCUGGUGAAUGCUUGGUAUGCUGGGGAUGAUCCAACUGCCCCUACUGAAAUUGCUGAUUUGUGCUUGGGAGUUUAUGGGACCGGUGCUGGUGGUGGAUUUGUGGGAGUUGUGUAUAAGGAUUCAUGGGGGAAUGGAUUCAAUGUCAAUGGAGUCAAAGGCAGGAAAUUUCUUGUGCAGUGGGUUUGGAAUCCUGUUAGGAGAAGAUGCUUUGGUCCCAACGCCUUGGAUUAAUUAAUUAAUUAAGCAAGGAUGGGGUUGUCAUUAUUCUAUCAUGUACAUAUUUUUAAUCUCUAGUGAUUUGAUAAUAAA